GGCUCCAAGGACCUCUUUCUGUGCUGCUUUCUCCUUCUUCCCAGCAUUCCUUUUUCCUCAUUCUCACGGCUCACUGAGUUUUGCGCCACCCGGCACUUCGCGCCCAGGGCUUUGAUGACGUCAUGUUCCUGCGCCGCGUGGACGCCCGCCGGUGAAAGAAGGAAUAGCUCAACCGCCCUUCGCCUUCUUUUGUUGGACUGCCGCUCCUUCCGAAUCAUGGCGCCAUCGCUGUGGAAAGGGCUUGUCGGCGUCGGCCUCUUUGCCCUAGCCCACGCCGCCUUCUCUGCUGCUCAGCAUCGUUCUUAUAUGCGACUAACAGAAAAGGAAGAUGAAUCACUACCGAUAGAUAUAGUUCUUCAGACACUUCUGGCCUUUGCAGUUACCUGUUAUGGCAUAGUUCAUAUCGCAGGGGAGUUCAAAGACAUGGAUGCCACUUCAGAAUUAAAGAAUAAGACAUUUGAUACUUUAAGGAAUCAUCCAUCUUUUUAUGUGUUUAAUCAUCGUGGACGAGUGCUAUUCCGACCUUCAGAUGCAGCAAGUUCUUCAAACCUUGAUGCAUUGUCCUCUAACACGUCAUUGAAGGUUUUAGGAAUCCUGAAAAAACCAUGUAACAACUGCAUUUUGCAGCACAAGAGUCAAAUGGUCUUUAGUUCUUAUUAGACCAACUUCUUAAAGAAGACCAAAGUGGUGAUUUUGCAGUUUUUCUUAGCUCCCCUAAAGAGUGACUCUGCUUUUAUGGGUACUUGCCAAUUUACCAAUGGUUUCUCUCCAGACCCCAUAUACCUUCUAACAUCAGCUGUCUUGUUUCAUCACUCUGAGAUUCUGUGUGCAGUGAGCAAUUUUUGUGUCAGAAAUUCUAUCAUAACAUAUAUAUUUAACAAAUUCAUCUUGCUGUUAAACUGCUCAUGUUUUGUUGUAAAACUUUCAUUGAUUAUAUAAUGUAAGACUAGUUGAAAGUAGACCAAAAAGACAAUUUGUGACUUCAUUAUCUUGCCUGUGUAGAAUAGUAUUGAUUGAGGAAAACUGAUUGCCAUUAUCCAGUUUCGUGCAUAUAAAGUCUAUUGGCUUAUUUAGUGAAUUAGUGAAAAUAGGAAAUGUCUCAUUUAAUCUAAAUGCACAUGCAAGGAAAUUGGGCCAAAUAGGUUCUAAAUAUUUGGAGCUAAUCUAUUUCAGUUCUCUUAGAAAGUUAAAGUCAUUUAAGAAGUUGCUUUAAAGCUUCUGAUUGAGAGCUGGCUUGGCAUUUUCUAUCUUCACUAUGGCGCUAAAGGUGAGCAUAAUGACACAGCAUUGAAUGUUUUUCAGGCACGGUAAUCUUACUCUUAGGAAAAUUGGAGUAGCUUUUUCUGCUAGGAAACUUAGAAGCUCAACAUUACUUUGUAGAGAUUAUUGCUUUCCACAAGCAUCAACACAUUAAUUUUGUUAAAUUGUAUAGGUGUAAAGGGAAUAACUGCAGAUUUUGAUAGGAGAAAAACCUCAAGCCUGUGUGUGUGUUUGUGUGGUGUGUGUGUGUGUGUGUGUGUGUGUGUGUGUUUUGUUUUGUUUGUUUUGUUUGUUUUGUUUGUUUUGUUUGUUUGUUUGUUUGUUUGUUGUUUGUUUCAAGCAGGGUCUUGAUAUACAGAUACUCCUACACUUGCUGGCAUAUUUUUCAUUAGGAAUGAACCUCAGCCUUUCUACCCAAUGAGGCCCAGCCUCAAAGGACAAGAUUAUUUGUCAUUGAUUUGUUUUCGUUGUUUUUGUUUUUUGUUUGUAAACAAGAUUUCACAUAACCUGAUCUAGCCUCAACCUCACUAUGUAGCCAAGGAUGAUCUUCAUGCCUCCACCUCCUCAGUGCUAAGAUUAUAGGUGCUGCCACUAUACCUGGUUUUCUGGGUCCUGGGGAUUGAGCCCAGGGCCUUAUGCAUGCUAAGCAAGCACUCUAGAAACUGAGCUAUAUCCCAGCCCCUUGGCAUUGGAUUGGGAUUCUUUUGUUUUGCUAAGCCUAUGCAGCACUGACUCUGUUCAGAAAUUUCUACUCAGAAAUCUACUGAUCGCCUAAAAUAAUUUAUAAACAGUCUAAAAAUGUGAAGUCAAGCCAGGUGUGGUAGCAUGUGCAUGUAAUCCUAGCACUUAGGAGGCUGAAGCAGGAUCACAAGUUUGGGGCAAAUCUGGGCUAUCUUAGUGAAUCCCUGUCUUAAUCCUAACCCCCCCAAAGUGAAUCCAAGGACUAACAUGAUGAUAGUGAAAUCGAAAUGGCAUGCAAGAAGCAUGCUGUAUAUCAGGCUUUUUCUACUGUUCUCCUUGACUACUACUAGUUUUCUUCUCUUGGGGGACUGUCUUCCUUCUUAAUGUGUUUUCAUAACAAUGUUACUGAGAAUUAAUCUACAUGCUUUGUAAUUUCAUUCUUUUAAAGGGUAGAGUUGCCAGAUGUGACUCAUACCUGUAAUCCUAACACUCAUGAGGCCAAGGCAGGAAAGUUGUCACACAAAUUCAAGGCCAGAUUGAGAUACACAUUGAGACCUUAUCUUUAAAGAAGUUAUACAAAUUUAAAAGAGUACAAUUACAGCCUAGCGGUGGUGGUGCAUGCCUUUAAUCCCAGCACUUGGGAGGCAGAGGCAGGUGGAUCUCUGUGAGUUCAAGACCAGCCUGGUCUACAAGAACUAGUUCCAGGACUCCAAAGCCACAGAGAAACCCUGUCUCAAAAAACCAAAAAAAAAAAAAAGAGUACAAUUAAGUAACUUUUAAUAUACUCACAAAAUUGUGCAACUACAUGAUAAAUCUAGGUCAUUUUACUACCCCUAAAGAAGCCCUGUAUUCUUUAGUAGUCACCUCUGAUUUCCUCCCAGUGUGUCCCACCUACAUCCUAGGGAGCCAAUAGUCUAUAUUUGUAUAAUCUGAUCAUUUACUAAAAAUGAAUUAAUGCAAUAUUUAGUCUUUGCAAAUAAUUUCCUAAAUAUGGUUUCCUAUGUGGAGUGAACAGUCAUCUUGAGAACCCAGAACCCAAUACAGUGAGUGGAAGUGGUUGAGGGGCUGUUACUAGACGGCUUGUCUAGCACGUUCAUCCACAGUAUAACAGGAAAACACAGUAGUUGAUAAAUAAAUGAAUUUAAAGACGGAAAGCCAAUACCUGACAGACUUCUCAGUUAAUUGUGUUACAUAGACUAGUUUUCCUUCUAGCCAAACUUCCAUUCUGUACUACUGCUUCUAAUAUUUAUUUAGUUUGUACAAUGGAUAUUAAAAAAUCUAUUCUUGCCUACUCAGCCAGGAAAAUCCUAAAAAUAAUGCUAAAUAUUUGUCAGAUAAUUGACAUAGUAAAUUUUAAAUGUGUCUACCAUUAUGGACAGCUUGUAUACCUCAGACCAGGUAAACGUCCCAAUUUUUUUUAAAUCAACUUCAUUGAAUUUCUGCUAUCUUGAAAUACGGUACUAUAAAGCUAAAUAAGAUUUGGGUGCAUUGUAACAGUGCUAAGUGUGUUCAGUACAGAAUUUUAUUUACAGUACUGUGUGAUAGUUCAUUACUGCCUAGGGUAGUUCAAAAACAGCAAUGUGAGCUAGUACUAGGUAAGCCUAAAAUUACAUAAUUUCAGUGACAUUAAAAAGUAGGAGACACAUGCAAUCAAAGUUCUCCAGAAUGCAGGAACACUCUUCAUAACCAGGGAACUAGCCAAAUCCUAUGAGCUCAUAGCUCAGCUGCAGGGAAUAAAUAUUGUGAAUUGGUGGCAAGUAUGCACAGUAACUCCCUAAUGAUUGCUUCCUAAGCAUACUUUUGAGUGACACGACAGCAUCUUCCUGGCUGUAUGUGACCUAUUUCCAUGAUGUAUUGAAUACUGUUGUUUGUGAGCCUUGAUGCCUGUAACACCAAUAAACCCAUUUUUCAAUAUGUUUCCUCUCUUUAAAUGACCUUGACCUGUCCAAUAAAUAAGUGGUUGUCUCACCUUG